AUGGAGAUGGUGGUGCUCAACCUGGUUAUGAUCAUGUGGAACACGGACAACUGGGUUCUGCCCGCUGUCUACACAGAGAUUGCGCGGCACUUCAACGCCUCUCCUGGUGACCUCGCCUCCCUUGGUCUGGUGCGGGGCAUCUUUGAGUCGGUCUUCGCUUUGCCCUCGGGCUUUCUGGCAGACAAGAUGCCACGACCACUGCUGAUUGGGCUUGGUGCCGUUCUUUGGGCUGCAGCGCUCGUUGGGGUCACCUUCUCCCCAAGUCUGAAUUGGAUGAUCUUUUUCAGAGCGGUCAACGGAAUUGGCCUUGGAAUUGUGCAGCCCCUGCUGUACAGCCUGGUCGCAGACAAGAGCGAUACGCACGGCCGUGGGAAAGCCUUCGGCUUCCUGCAAUUUUCCGGCAAUGUGGGACAAACAGCCUUCACAGCAUUGGCAACUGCCAUCGCUGGCUACCAGAUUAUAUCCAUUACUGGGUGGCAGUUUGCUUUGCUCAUCGUCGCGGUGUUGAGUGCUGGCGUGGGCAUUCUUUGCAGUGUGCUGGUGAGCGACCAUCGCGAGCACCAUGACCAUCGUAGCAUGAGGGCCAUCAUUUGUGAAGAGACGCCCAAACUUCAGCACAUCGUUUGUAUGCCAACAUUUCUGGUCAUCAUUGGUCAAGGAGUCUUUGGCACCGCGCCGUGGUUUGCUUUCAGCUACCUUACGAUGUGGCUAGAGCUCAACUGCUUCACGCAUGAGCAGGCUGCUGCCAUCAUAGCUUGCUUCAACAUCGGAGGGGCGCUUUCCGGAAUCGUGGGAGGCGUGGCUUUGGACAUCGUUGCAAGGCGCUUCCCAGAGCAUGGGCCGCCAGGACUUGCCCAACUGGCGGUCUUCUUGUCGCUGCCACUGUUUGCAACGAUUCUUUUCGGCCUGGGUGGCCUGGACCACCAGAGUCCAAGAACCUCUGUAAUUUUUGGUUUAAUCUUCCUCGUGACUGGCACCAUGAUCUCCUGGUGCAUGGUGAUGAACAAUAAGAUGUUCAGCGACAUCGUCCCCAAGGAAUCCUACAGCUAUGUCUAUGCUUUGGACCGGGCAGUUGAAGGCCCAAAGAUCGUUGUGCCCGCUCUUCGCAAGUUUGCACGUCCGAACCUUUUGCUCCGGUUCCACCUCCGCUUUGCAAACACCUUGCUGGACACAUGCGGAACUUCAGAACAGAAGAAUGAGGACUGUUCUCCAGAUGACGCCAUGAAGCUGGGCAAGGGGAUAUUUGUCGUGUCGGCCGUGGCUUUUACCGCCUGCUUCACACCUGCAGCAGAUUAUUCUGGCCAACUGAGCAUAUUGCUUGUUUGUGUCAGCAAAGGCUUCACGUUCUAUGGCGUCGGCCACUACACCUACCCGAGGGACCGGCGGGCCAUUCGUCACCAGCAGGACUCUGACAAGAGUUCAUCUGAGGCGGAGGAACCUGAGAAGCGACAUGACUGUAAAAUGAUUCUGAUGGGCGAUGGUGCGUCAGCCCGGAUGCUUCUGCCUUUGCCACGCGAGUACUUCCAAGAAAUCGCAGGGCCGGAGAAGCUGGUUAUCCUCAGCUGGACAACGGGUGCUCCAGCAGAUCCAGGUGAAAAGGGCAGCCGGACGGCCAUAGCUGUCAACUUGGCAUUGUCCAUCCGCAAAUAUGCUCCGCACCUGGAGCGUCGCUUCGCGUAUAUUUCAAUGGACACAGUUGCGCACAAGGUCAUGCAAGAACAUGGUUUCAACUCCGUGCUUUGCGAGGCGGGACCAUGCCGCUCGAAGGACCUGAAGGAUGACAUUUGGAAGAUGCGAUGGUACCUCAUGCUCACGCUCACGGAAUUUGGGCUUCGCGUGCUCGUGGUGGAUGCAGACAUUGUUUUCCUGGGGGAUCCCACCAAGGAGCUGGCAGGCGACUCGGAUAUGGAGGUUAUGACCGACCACUUCUUUCCUGAAAAGCAUCUCUGGGAACCAUGGGUUCGUGUCGAGGAUCACAUCAACACUGGUUUCGUGCUCAUCAAGCCAACUCGCCCAAUACGGCUUCUCCUUGCAGACUUCCUGGAUGAGAAUUGGCAGUCGGAGCAAGGAGGCGUUCGCCGCGACGGCAUGGAUCAGCGCGUCUUCAACCACUUCAUAGUCCGACGCAUGGCCGCUGACACUCCCCUGGUCGUGGGUCGAUACAACGGCAAGGUGUUCGGCCGGCCACAAAACAUUGUGCCUACAUGGCCAUGGAGACAGGCCUCCAUUCGGAUCCUGGACCCUGCACGGAUUGCACAUGGCAUGAACUUCUUCUGGCGACGGGCACAUCUCCUCGAUCCGAAGAUUGGCCCUUUACCGGUUGUGGCGCAUGUGAACGGUGCAGACCCGAAGGAAUACUUCCUGCGCGAUCGCCAGGUGUGGUUCCUCGACGAUUGGCACGAACGGAUCAAUGCCUCUGUGAGAUUCCUUCUCUACCAUCAUCCUGGUGGCCAAAGCCUGCAACGUGACUUCACUACCUUGUCAGCUGCUGUGGAGGUUGCCAAGCUAUUGGGACGACGCCUGGUGCUUCCCAGCACCAUGAACUGUCGUAAUGCACCGUCAUACUACGUGUGGAACCUCAAUGUCACUGUGCAGCGCGAUGCUGAGAGCGGGAACUGCACCUUUGACUACUUUUCAUGGGCGAAGAACCUUCUUGAUGCGCAUGCUGGAUUCGUGAUUGAGUCCAGUGUCCGGCAUGCGCCGGAGUUCCUGCAUCUCGAGGAGGAGUCAGGAAUGAGUCUGCCACCAAUCUCGGCUUGGCCUCGCCUUUCUCACAGAGGCGCAGCACGUUGGCUGACCCAGGAUAUGCCUGAAACUUUCGCAGCAGUGCUGCGCGUGGAAGAUGACAUUUUGCAGGUUCGUGACGCGUUGCGGCAAUCGCUAGAAUCUUCCGAGUGGGACUCCAUGACAUGUAUCUUCCAGCAGUUCCCGCACCAGGUCAAUGUUUGCCGCGAUGACCGCUACGUGGGCCGCUUUGGCAAAGGAGCUCAAUGCGAUCCUCUGCCGGGACAGGCAGCUUGCGGCUUGCAUGGCUUCAACUGCUGCAUGAGUUUCUGGGGCUACUCGGAGAAGUUGGAGAUAUUCACCGGUGCGCGAUGGGAUCUCCCAUGCAACUGCGGGCUUGGAGACGGGUGCGUCAAGACCAAGGAACACAAGAUCGAUCGCGAAGAUCAGCAAUACAUGCGGCACUGCUGUGCACAUCAGCAAGAGCCAAAUGCGCAGGAGCACUGCAUGCUUGUUCCCGAGCAGCAGCCCAUGACGAUCUAUGGCGACUCGCAUUUCUACUCGUCCUACUUGCUGAACGAUUUUCUCGAUGGUCACAUAGAUCCAGCGCGGGCGCUACAACGAUGUAGCGACCAUCGUGCUGGAACACUUCUGGACUCAGAUCCUGGCAGGGCUCUUCUGCAUUGUGGUACAAUGAUCGCCGGCCUGGCGCUUUGGCGGGGACGCUAUGACCGCGCCUUCAAAUGGUUAGAGCACAUUCACUGGGCACGGCGCCGCCAAGGAACGCCCAGUCCCCUGUCAUGGGACACGGGACGGGCUUCCAGCAGCAUUGCUGAGGCUGAUGUUGGAAGCGAAUGGAAGUUACGACAUGAUCUGGAGCAGCUCCGCUACUUGUCGAGGCAGCCCAGGCGUCAACAGGUCUCGCCUUAUGCUCCCCUCCUUUCACCACAAGCAGCCGGCCAGCUGGCCGAGGCUUCCGCCGAGCUGCUGCAGAUCUUCCAGCGGGGUCUCAUGGACCAGAAAGUGCCCGCACUGCGCUGGAUUCUGGGCUUGCGCAGUCAGGAGCUUAGUGGCCGCUUAGUCAUUAAUCAGAACUCACAGAGGCCGUUUGACGCCAACAUGGCUGGAAGGCAUGGCACGAGGCAUUGGGCGGGGCAAGUCGAGGCUCUCGUCCAGAGAGUCGGCGGCGUUCGAUUUGGCUUCGGCCUGGCCAGCAUCCUUCUGUCUUAUUGCCUGACGCCAAUAAGGAACCCAUUUGGGACCGAUGAAGAGCGUAUGCGAGAGAUCAAGCGCUCCUCGUUGGCAGAAUCACACUUCAAGGGCACGCUGUCAGGCUUCGCAGGCUAUGCCUUCCUUGUGAGUGGUUGCAGAGGCUGCUCAGACAUUGUGCGGUUUGACGAGGUCUUCGCUGUUCUUCUGGAUGAGUGCCCCGAGGAGUCUUUCGAAGUUGUGCAAGACAUCGUUGAAGCCGAGCGCCGGGCUGGGUCAGGCGAUGUCUUCCAGGAGUUUGAGACUCAUGCCGUGGCUGCUGCAUCCAUCGCGCAGGUGCACUUCGCCAAGCUCUUAGAUGGCACAGAGGUAGCUGUCAAAGUGCAGUACCCCGACGUUGAGCGAUUCUUUUACAUGGAUGUUGCGACUGUGUCCUUUGCCAUGCAGUUGCUGGGAAUGGGCAGCCAAGUCCAAGAAAUCUUUUCCACCAUGCAGGUAGGUGCUGGUGAUGGCCCCCGACUCAGUCGCCAUUUCUUUGAGACAUCCUUUGGAAGGAUGUUCGUUUUUGAGGAGCGUUUGCGCGGAAUUCCCAUUCGCAAGCACGCCAUGCCUCUGAUGAAGAUGUCCCUCGGCUGCAGGGCGCAGGAGUUUGCAGAAGCGCAUGGAAUGACAUGGGAGGAGCUCAAAAGGGGUUUGGAGCUCCUGUUGCGAGGCACUUGCAAGUUUGGCUUACCCCAACUGCUCCAGGCACUUCGCAUGGGUCGAGUGACCGAGUGCCAGAGCAACAUUCUUGCUGCCGGCAUCAAGGUGAGAAAUCUGGCGUGCAGGAUCGCGGGCUGUUGUGCCGAGGGCAUUUGUAGAAUUGCUAUCGUGAAUGACUUGACGCUGGAUGAGCAGUGGUAUGUUUACCACAAGACCCGGGAACUUAAAGAAGCGGUGAAAAACGGAGAGAACCUUGACCGCUUCCGGCUGCAGAAUCGAGAGGCGGCGGUCUACACCAUUUUCAUGGAGGACUCAACCCGGACCAAAGAGUCCUUCCGAAACGCAGCUGAGUUUCAUGGCCUCAAAGUAAACGUCUUCGAUGCCAAGACUUCCUCAUUCCAGAAAAACGAGACCAUCACCGACACCAUCAAGAUGCUUUGUGGUUAUUCCACCGGUCAAAGCUUGUUCGUCAUCCGUUCCAAGGUGGAGGGCGUGUGUCGCUGGCUCGAGGAAGCAAUCUGGAAGUACUGCAAGCAAAGAGGCUUCCCCCGCGCAUCCUUCAUCAAUGCAGGAGAUGGACGACACGAGCACCCCUCACAAGAGAUGCUCGAUGAGUUCAGCUUUCUGGAGCAGAAGGGGUGGGACACUUCAAGCAUCCACUUGGCUCUGCUCGGAGAUCUGUUUCACGGUCGCACAGUCCAUUCGAAGGUCGAUGGGCUGAGGAUUUACAGAAAAGUCUUCGUUGAUUUGAUCGCCCCCAGCGAGCUGGCAUUGCCAAAGAUGUAUGAAGAUCGCAUGGUGGCCAGGGGCUACGUAGUAAGGAAAUUUGCUUCGAUCGACGAUUACUUAGCCCAGGAGAAGGUGGCUAAGAUCUGGUAUUUCACCCGGCUGCAGCUGGAGCGCAUGGGCGACAAGGUCUUGGAAAAGUCGAAGGAACUUCGAAAGGCCGUGACAAUGAGGCAGGACUUUCUCGACAAGCUCCCGCAGGGUGUGAAGUUCUUCCACCCAUUGCCACGAGACGCCAGACACCCGACACUGCCGUAUUGGUUGGACAGCACAGAGCUCAACGGAUGGGAUCAGCAGUCGCAGAACGGCUACUUCACACGCAUAGUCCUCCUUGGCAUGCUAGGCGGGCACUUUGGGGAGGACUACCGCGUGGACUUAAAGGCAGAUUCACGGCAGCCUGGCAGCCCAAUGCUCUUCAGCCCCAGCUUUCCAGGAGAUUUCUCGCCAACUGGACAGAGAACCUCCAUGGAAUUGCCUGAAGAUUUGGAUCUGGGAUAUUCUCCAGCUCUCAUGGCCGCAACUGAUUUCAUCAAGGAGGUAGCGUUUUCCUUGCCUGACAUCACUUCGCCAGAGAAGGUCAGCCAGGAGGUAGGGUUAGUGCCAAUUGCCAAUGGCAUCGUCAUCGAGAACCUGGCAGCAGGGCAAAGCAUUGAGCAGGUCUGGAGCCUCAUGUAUAUGGUGCGCGAUAUCCUUGACCUCCAUCAUGUGGGAGGUCAGGGCGUACGGACAUCAGAUGAGACAAGUGGCACCGGCAGUGGUUUCAUUGCCGUGCCGGACGUUGACAUCAGCAGCUGGGACAGGCAACCUUUGAAGCGAUUGGCAGCAAUGGCUCCAGGAAGUACCUUGAAGGUGGUCAAGGAGGGUGCCGUGGAGCGCGAGUUCCGGCUUCAAGUUCCUCCGCGGGUUUACAACUUCAAGGACAUCUCCUGCAAGAACACUGCUUGCGUCUCACACCCCAAGAACAUGCAGCAUGAGGUCGAGCCUUUCUUCGAGCGGUGCCGCUCAGGAGAUGGGCAAAGGCAAGAUGAUGCAAUGGCCUUCAACUGCAAGUACUGUGAGACGCAGCACAAUUUCUGGGAGAUUUGGAACUAUGAGUUCUACCGACCUUCCGAGUUCACUCUGUAG